UGCUAAGCACAGCAACUGGUACUGCAAAUCUCUCUUCCAAGAUGGUAAAAAAGUCGAGGAGUCUAUGUAGGGACACCAGUGGUGCUUUCUUUCCCUUCUACACCUGUGCUCGCUCUUGCAUUCUUUGUGAGAAGAAAGAUUUUGCAUCGUUGAAGGCUUGUGCCUGGCUGGAGAGGUCUGCUCAGGCCAACUUUGCUGCAGCACUUACUUCUCUGCUGAGCCUCAGCUCCAUUUUGCCUUUCCCUGGCUUUUUUGUUCUUCAUAGCUAUGCCUUCCAGUCUGCACAUUUCCAUAUGAUGGUUUUCUGUGUGGGGUUAUUCUUCCUUUCUCUCCCUUCAGUCUUUCUUUGGUGAAAUGGAACCUAACUCUCAGAGAAGGGGGAUCCUGUUCCUAUGUCUUUGUAUAACCCAGAACUGGAGACAGACAGUGGGGUUGAGGGGGCAGCUGUCUGGCUCACCCUCUCCCUGCAACAGACACUCUUGUUCAGAAGUAUUAGAAAUUCUUCCCGCUUCUGGUCAAGCUGCCUUUGCUGUUCUUGCAACUUAAAAACUUAAACAACUUGUAAGAACUGCUGUUCAUACGACUCUGGCUCUGCUCCUAUAUUGGGUUUGUGUAGCAAGAUUUUAUAGUGGAGGGGGGCUACAAGGGUGGCUUUUCUGAGAAGCCACUCCCUUCCUGCCUUUUCUCCUAAAGGCACGUCACAUUGCUGCCUAUUUUUUACAAAAAAUAGGUAAUAGGUAAUUUUUAUUAAUUGUUGCCCAUGCAUGCACACAAGAUCAUUUCUCACCUCUGCAGAUUGCUGAAUUCAAGGUCUGCCCCAGGCUCCCACAUGAUGAUGUAUCUUGAUCUCACAUUACCCGGAAUUUUCAUUGCUUUCAGCAUGCUUCUGUGACUGAGACCUUGCAGUCACGGCAACAGCCCUCAAGGCCUCUCCUACUGCACCAAAGUCACAAGGUCAGAAGGAACUUUCUGGUAAAAAAAGCAAGGAGACCAGUGAACUGGUUGGUUUUCAACUGCAGGACUGUUGUCUUUCUAAGCAGAUUGCUCCAAAGCAAAGGAAAAACACAGUCAAGUGAGGAAGCGAGCAUUUUCCAGUUACUUCACUGACACAACCAAAGCCUAAUGAAUUGCCAUACAUUGGCCUGUUUUCCCAGAGUGCCUAACAGCUAUCAGCAGCACAGCUGGAUUGCUAAAUCCUGAGUGUUUUCAUUCCUUGUGACAAGCUUGUUGAGAGGAACUUUACAUCUCUGCAGAACUCUGGCCAAAGAUGCCGGAAACUGCCUAAGGCACACUCCAUUGCUGCACCAGCCCCAAGUGUGGAAGAGCUGCAGCCAGGCAGGACAGGUGGGACAUGCUGAUUUUUGACAACUGUGGUAAAACAGAGCUCCAUGUGAUGCAGAUGAGGCUCUUGCCAUAAACAGCUGUGUGCCAGGAGUAGAGUUCUGGUCUUGGUGCAUCCCCAAUUGCAGAGAUCUGGGGACAAGCUGAUCAAUAUUGCCUUAAGAGGGUCAGUUUCUGCCAACCUGCAUGGAAGGAGCAGGGAGUUCUGCCAGCACUGCCAGCUCAGCAUGUGUUGGGUGAUUUCCUAAGAGAAGAUACAAGCCUCUGUACAAUCUCCUCCAUGUGAGCAAGACGUACAUGGCCACAGCUCUGUGAAGGACAUCCAGUGAGAACCACCAUGAAGAACAAACCGUGGCUCCAGAAUAUUUUCAUCUGCCUUUUAUUCCAGUACACUAUGUGUUGUGAAAGCCUCACUUGUUUUGUGGACUAUGUACAGACCCUGUCCUGUAUCCUGCGAGCUGAGUUGGGUGCUGGUUCAUACAAUCUCACUGCUACAUGGGUUCCUGAGGAAGAUCCAGAAAAUACUGUGGCUGCCUGCAGUCUCGUGCAAUUGUCAAGAAACACCAGUCACACACAGUACAUGUGCACUGUGGACAUGACUGAACUCCUAGCAGAUACCAAAGUCCAGGUGGAUGUUACAGAGAUAGCUGAUAGGCAGCAUGUUCUUUCCAAAGAAUUUUAUUUGUCAGACAACAUAAAACCACAGCCUCCAUUCAACCUGACCGCUUUGUUCUCAGAGGGUUACAAUAUUUCUUGGGAAACCAUCUACCAGAACUCUUCCUUCUACUUUUUGAAUGAGGAGCUGGAAUAUCAGCUGCGUUACAAAAGAAGAACUGACACCUGGGAGACUCAGAAGACUAAAGCUGUUCAUGAAGAUAAACGGACAUUGGUGAUCCUGCCAUGGGAACUACAGGCGGACACUGAGUACGAGUUCCAAGUGAGAGCUAGACCCCGGGAAAACAGUGACUAUGGUGGCUUUUGGAGUGAAUGGAGUUCUCCGCUGUCAUUGAAAACCAACCCUGCCGCAGUGACACAGACAGCAGGCAUGGAAUGGCUGUUGUUUGGUAUUGUCGUGGCAAUCAUGGCUUCAAUCACAACAUUUCUGGCCAAACAGCAGAGCUUGUGGAAGAAGAUGGCUUGCAUCCCAGACCCUGCUCCCUUUUUCAAACCUCUUUACAUGGCUCAUAAUGGAGAUUUUAAGAAGUGGGUUGGUGCAUCCCAUAUGAAAAUGACCUUUGAUUUCUUUGAAUGGGGAAUAGUCCUUCCAGAAGUCCUAGAAGUUUACACCAUGCAUCCUUCCAACAGCACACCACAGGAAGAGCUGCAUGAGCUAAGAAAGAAUCUGCCUUGCAAGCCCUGUGUGUCUUGCCUGACUACCCCAGGUCAUGGUAGCCAGUCACUGUGGUGCAGUGUAAACAGUAGUGGUGGGACUGAGGACCAGUCAUAUGGGCACUUGUCAAUUGAUACAGUGACUGUGGCUGAUGAAUUUACAUCUUGUAACUGCCAGUGCAGCUGUAAUCAUGUGUACAGGGAACAUGACCGUACCGACAAGGAAGAUGAUAGUGCUGGAGAACCCGGUUACCCCAAGGUUAACCUUGAUGAGGAAGACGGAAAGAUAUCCAGUGACUUACAUUUGGCUGAUCUGAGUACACAGGACAAAAUACUUGCUUCAGGCUCUGUGUCCACAGACCACCUGAGGAGCACAAGUGUCCCAGUCAACCAGCAAGGAGAAAGGGAAGUGGAAGGAGGGGUGGGGAGCAUCCUAGAAGCCCUUUGCUUGCAGCCUUAUCAGUGGGAUUUGGAAAAUCCAGGUUCUCUACCUUCUCCUGAUGGUGAAAGUGUUUCCUACAGUGAAGGCUCCUAUGAUUUCUUCCCUCAGAAUACAAAGCCUGGUGACAGUUAUCCUUUGAUCUGUGUAGAUUUGGACACUAUUGACAGUGGCUUUGUGGACUCAGACUGUGGAAGUCCAGUUGACUCUGAAUUUGGGCAAAACAGUCAGACCAUUUGUGGGUCCAUCCCUCUUGAGCAAGAGGGGCAAGACUUUACACGGAGCUACGUCAAGCAAUGGGUCUCCUGCCGCUCUGAGAGCCCUAUCAGUGGGACACAGACAAACUAAGGACUGCAUGAGUGUGGGGCCUUUUUCAGAGUGUGCCAGGAGCAAACUGCUAGCAAAAUUCAGAAGAGAAACAAAGUUUACUUUGUGUAAGCUCUAUUGCAUAAAUUGACACCUGUUAGGUCCACAGAAAUAUACCUGUUUCUAUUCCCACUUAUCCUAUUAAUGUCUCAAAUUUGUUGUGAUUGAUUGUUCCUGAGUUUUGUUGGGUUUUGGUUUUUUUUAGAAUCAUAGAUCAACCCUCCCUUGAUGUCAAAAAAAAUGUUAGAAAAAAGCAACUGUACCUUGAAAAUGAUCCUUUGGCUUAUAUAGAUAUGAAAAUUUUUUUUGCCUUAAUCUUAUAAAGAGUACAGAACUUUAUUUUCCCUGGUGUUCUCACAUGACUUAAGAGUUUGGCUGCACAUGGAACCUUAGAAUCACAACUCAUGGCAAGCAUGUUUGCUACGUUAUAGUUCCCCUACCUUUCCAAACAACAUGUGAUGUUACUUUUCCUUCUACUAUCUUUGGCUCUUUAAACUCAGCUGUAAUAGUCUGUUAAUUACAGACUGGCUCCAGACUGGUCCAUGGGGAUCAAACCUAAUUCUUAUGAAAUCAUUGCAGAAAUGUGUGUACUAGAGACUAAGCACAACUCAGGUUUCAGAAAGAUUUUCCAGGUGGAGUCUGCAAAUGAAAAGACUUCAAAAUAUAUAUAAUUCUAAACAAGCUCUCACUACUUGGCUUUUCUAUUGAGUCAGACUCUCUCCCUGCACUUCUCAAGCAUUUUAAUUGAGCAGCUUUUAGAAUUUUGCCACAAUUAUCGAAACAUUGUCUUACCUGCAUAUGCCUGCCACUUCUGCCUUGGACUUGCUCUGCUGCAGUUAACAGGUCAGUAGCACAAAUUUUGAGCAAUUUCUGCUAGCUAAUAAAGCCAAAUAUGAAACUGCACUGUAA